AGCUUCUCCUCCCCGAAGCUCGCCUUUCAUGUCACUAGUGCUACUUGUAUGUGCAGACGCAGCCAAUCUCAUCCUCAUGACGCCACCGAGGCUGGGCUCAGAGGGCUUCGAUCAUAAUAUUUAACACACCCACCCUGGAUGAACACUUGGAAGGAAGACAAGGCAGCGUAAAGGGGACAAAUGACAGCCGGGAUCCCUGCACCUGCCAGCCAGCCUCUGAUUUGACUUCAGCGAGGUUUGCAGCUCUUGUCAAGAAGCGGGACAGAAUUCUCUCCCAGAAGAAGACAGUUAUGACAGAUUUGACAUCUCACUCCGUGCUGGCAGCAACAGAAGGAAGUAGAUUUAAGGAAGAAUAUCGGUGCUUUAAACAGGACCCCCUCCUCCUCCCUCCUGUUACCUCCUCUUAACGAUUUAUUUACUGGUCCGUUCUCCUGACACUGUAUCCUAUUCAACAAGGCAAUGACUGAAGAGCACUUCUUGAGCCGCUGCCAGUGAAGUCUCCAGUGCUCACAAUGUGUCGCUCUGUCCACCUGUCUGGGAAUGAAGAUUUGGGACUAUUGUAAUAAUAAUAAUAAUAAUAAUAAUAAUAACAAUAAUAAUAAUUAGCCUACAAAAUAAAGACUGAGCACAUCAUGGAGUUCUUAACAUAGGCUAACAAGCAUUAUGUGUGCAAAGAUCAGAGUAAAUCUUCAAACCAACAGCUGCUUUGUCAUCGCGUAACACUGUUGGACAUCAAUGUAAGGUGCGCUGCGCUUAAAGCUUACUCUGUGUCAAGAACAAAAAAUGAUAAAGAUGAUAUUGUUUCGUAAAUUCAGAGUGUUGAUACUUAUGGUGUUUUUAGUAGCGUGCACCAUGCACAUCAUGAUAGACUUGUUACCGAAACUGGAGAAGCGAGCGGCGGGAGCGGACAGCGCGGACGGCGGCUGUCAGUGCGCUCACCACCCGGGCGGGGAGUCGCAGGGCUGGGGGAAGCAACGCGCCAGGUCGGCGGCUGAAGCGGGCUGGCCUAACAAGCACACGCUGAGAAUCCUACAGGAUUUCAGCAACGAACCGAGCUCCAACCUCACAUCGCACUCCCUGGAAAAGAUCACGACCGCCGCCGGGGACAGAGCGGAGUCAUUCAGGCGCAGUAGACCGUUGGCGGGGAAGGCGGAGGACCACAAGCCGCUCAUCGGAGACGCGAGCGGGGGUCGGACCGUCCCUGCCCACGGUGUCUCCCGACUGUCGGCUCUGUUUGAGCAUCCUUUAUACAAGGUUGACCUUCCUCCCCUCGCGGACGAUGACACUUUGUUUAACGUCAACACCGACAUCAGGUUUUAUCCCAGGACAACAAGGAACCAGGGAUGGAACAAUGAGGAUGGGAAUGAAGAGGAGGAGGAGUUCUCUCCAACAGGAGGGGUGACGGCAGAAUCUUACCCCAACUGGUUACGUUUCCACAUUGGCAUCAACCGCUACGAGCUGUACUCCAGACACAAUCCUGUGUUGGAUGCCCUACUGAAGGACCUGGUCACACAGAGGAUCACCAGCGUAGCCAUGAAAUCAGGAGGCACCCAGCUAAAGUUGAUCAUGACUUUCCAGAACUACGGACAAGCGCUGUUCAAGCCCAUGAAGCAGACCCGGGAGCAGGAAACCCCUCCAGACUUCUUCUAUUUCUCCGACUUUGAGAGGCACAACGCUGAGAUUGCCGCUUUUCACUUGGACAGGAUCCUUGACUUCCGGAGAGUGCCCCCGGUGGCAGGACGACUCGUCAACAUGACAAGGGAGAUCAGAGAUGUGACACGGGAUAAGAAGCUGUGGAGGACCUUCUUCAUCUCCCCAGCCAACAACGUCUGCUUCUACGGUGAGUGCUCGUACUACUGCUCCACUGAGCACGCUCUGUGCGGUAAACCGGACCAGAUCGAAGGCUCACUGGCAGCCUUCCUGCCAGACCUGAACCUGGCCAAACGCAAGACCUGGAGAAACCCCUGGAGACGCUCCUACCACAAACGCAAGAAAGCAGAGUGGGAGGUGGACCCAGAUUACUGUGACGAGGUUAAGCAGACUCCUCCGUAUGACCGAGGCACUCGACUGCUGGACAUCAUGGAUAUGACCAUCUUUGAUUUCUUAAUGGGCAACAUGGAUCGACAUCAUUAUGAAACCUUUGAGAAGUUUGGAAACGAUACCUUCAUUAUUCACCUAGACAACGGAAGAGGGUUUGGAAAACACUCCCAUGAUGAGCUGUCCAUCCUGGUGCCUCUCAGCCAGUGCUGCAGGGUGAGGAAAUCCACUUACCUGCGUCUCCAGCUGCUGGCCAAAGAGGACUACCAGCUGAGCUCCUUAAUGGAGGAGUCUCUGCUCCGCGACCGACUGUCCCCUGUCCUCAUCCAGCAUCACCUCCAGGCCAUGGACCGCAGGCUCCGGCUUGUGCUACAGGUCCUGGCGGGCUGCAUAGAGAAAGAAGGUCACGUUAAUGUCGUGGAGGAGGAUCUAGCUGGGGACACAGCCACCCACAGGAGCCCAGGCCACAGGUAGUGAGGGCGAGACUCGAGGGUGACAGAAACCACCGGUGACACAUGAAAAAAUGGACCACGUCUGUGGAUACUCGACCAAUGGGACUGCACCAAAAGUCCCACUUCUGAUAUCAAGCUGAAUUCAGUGAAUUCCUAGACUUGCCAUCAUUGCCUCUACGGGACCUGCUUUUAAGUGUGUUUUAUAUAGAAGAAAGUGUCCACAGAUACCACGAAAGACUGUGCUUACACUGAGGCUUUGUAUUCGUUAGGUACAGAUGUAUAUUGGUUUUAGGAGCCACUGCUGUUUGUCCUGUUUGUUUUAAAAAUGGAAAGGUAUCAGUUUGUUUGUGUUUUAUUAUAUUAAUACAUAACCAAAUGAGAACUUACACUGACUGGGCAGCAUAUGGUCAGACAAUAAGCUUUAUCAGUUAUCACAAUGUAUGAAAAGUGUGUGGAAGUUUUGAGAUUUUUUUUGUUGUUGUUGUAAAACAUUCUUCAGUUUUCACCUUCUGCGAUCAACCACAUCAGCAAGAAAAAAUGAAGUCAGGCCUGCCACAAACAACCUACAACCAGAAGAAUAAGAGUUUCCAAAUACUGUAGUGUGUAUUCUCUUCUAAUCUGUCUUUAUAAGCUUUUUGUCAUGGCACAGACUUGGAACAGACCGACUGAAAAUGUUAUUACAUACUUCUGGACUGCAUAAAUCUGAGUGCAAGUAUAUUUGAUGCUGUAGUUCAUAUUGUACCUUCACUUUGCCUUAUUCUGAUUUUAUAUCUCUCUUUUUUUAACGUUCCCAUCUCCCCUGCAAGUCUUGCUUUCCCCACAGUACAUGUAGUACAACAGCACAACACUUAAGUAGUAUUUUCCAAAACCAAAUAUAAUCUAAAUGCCAAGAGCGCUGUGUGCUGGCUAGAGUUCAAUAAAUAUGCCCAAUGCACUACAAUUCUUACAUCCAGACCUGAAACAUUUAAAGUGGUCUGCUAUAAUAUUAAUUUUACAUUUUAUACAAUGCAAAAUGUUACAGCUUGUUGUUUCAUUUUUAUGGGAUAUCAUGUCCAAAUGACUAUUUAUUGGUGCGUCACAGAUAAUGAGAGUGGUUUAAUAAAUUCUACAUUAGUUGGAUUUCAUGUUGCUUUAUAUGUUGGGAAUGUUUACCUUAGGUACCUUAGCAUUGGAAUACUAUUUAAAUUGACAUUCCUUUGAGUACUAUCUUUAUGUUCAGAUGAUCGGGAAAAAAGCUGGUUGAUUUUGGACAUUAAGCUGUUGAAGAGGUGCCAUGCAUAAGAGUCCUGUGCACUGGGUGACCCGGUACCUGUGCAAUGACAGAAAUACAGUACUUGAAUGUUUUUUGGGUUAGCAGUAUGGACAGGAUUCCUAGAACUACAAACAGUGUAAAAUCUGAGUGGCUGGACUCAAGUCUGAGAAGUGAUAGAGGGUUUGAAACGCCUCAUCCCACUACAGGGACAACCUCGGACACUGUUCUUUGGUUUUCAUAUUCCCCGUGUAAAUACCUAUAAAUACUUGGAAGACCUAACGAGCUUCACCGCACAGUGAUUUGCUUCUGUUUUCUGCUAUUGCAUUGUUACUGUGAAGAUCUGUUUACUAAAUGAUUAAAGUGUGCAAUAAAAACAAAAAGUGAGGACAAAUCUC